AUGUCACUUAACGCCAAAGCUAAAGUGGAAACAUGGCAGGCAUUUAAAAAUCACUGGAUUUUAUGGAAAUGCUUCGGUUUACAGCCACCAAAACGUGACUCUAAAUGGUUUGUACCAUACAUUGCGUAUGCGAUUUUCCUCAAUGUGACCGUUACAUUGUUGUUUCCCACAACGCUUAUUGUCAAUUUGAUACUUUCGAAAAACUUAACGGAAUUAUGUGAAAAUCUUUAUAUGACAACAACGGAUGUGAUUUGCAAUGUAAAAUUUUUAAAUAUAUUCGUGGUGAGACAUAAACUGCUAAAGGUGCGUAAAAUUUUACAGCGUUUAGAUGUGAGAGCUAAAACACACAAAGAAGUGGCCAUAUUAGAGGAGGGCAUUAAAUUGGCUAGAAAAUGUUUUAUGACUUUUGCACGUUUAUUUUGCUGUGCCGUAAUCAGCAGUCAAAUGAUGGUUUAUCUUUCAAGCGAAAGAAUACUAAUGUAUCCGGCUUGGUAUCCUUGGGAUUGGAGGGCAUCAAAGAAAAACUACAUUUACGCUUUCUCAUAUCAACUGUAUGGAUUAAUUGUACAGUCAACACAAAAUCUUGGCAACGACACGUAUCCACCGGCCUACUUAAUCAUACUUACCGCUCAAAUUAAAGCAUUAGCCUCACGCAUCAAGGACUUGGGUACUAAUAAGAACACAUCCGAAGAAGAGUUGUAUAAGGAAUUAACGGAUUGCAUUAAUGAUCAUAAUACCAUAAAUGAACUCUUUUUCACAAUUCAGGAAGUUAUUUCCACAACUUGCAUUGCACAAUUUGUAGCCACCGGUUUGGCUCAAUGUACUAUUGGGGUCUAUAUGAUUUAUGUCGGUCUACAUCCUUCUAAAACCCUCAAUAUUGUAAUUUAUUUCAGUGCCGUUACAAUGGAAAUAUUUAUUUUAUGUUAUUUUGGUGACUUGUAUUGUCAGGCUAAUAUUCAUUUAACUGAGGCCAUAUACGCUUGUAAUUGGAUGGAUCGUGAUAAGAAAUUUAAACAGGCAUUUUUGGUACUAUUGCAACGUUCGCAGAAAACAAACUGUAUAAUGGCGGGAAAUUUGAUUCCGGUGCGAAUGCCAACAUUUGUAAAGGUUAUGAAAACUGCAUAUUCGGUAUUUACAGUUCUCAAUAAAGUCGAAUAAACUAAAGCUUUGUUUGGUCGGCCCGCCCCUGUAAGCUAUAGCCAACUAUUUCGCAAUGUUUGAUCGAAUCGGAGCAUUUUGGGAAUGAAUCGUUCAAGAAACCUUUUCCUACUAAAAAAUCUCAUCCGAAAAUCUACUACACCUUUUACCAUUUAUUGUACCUUGAAUAUUGAUGUUUAAUACGAUUAAUAUCUGCUUCAAAGUUAAUAACCGUCUAAUUCUGGUAAGAUCAGGGCAAUACAACACUAUAUUUCAUUUACAAGAGAUAUUGCAAAUUCAUUGAAUUUUGGUUGGAAAAGGUUUUUGAACGAUUUUCCCAAGAUAAUCGCGAAAAUGUUCAAAUUUACUCGUGGAUGAUUCCUUUGGGCCAGCUUUAGAGAUUUGUCUUAUCAUACUGUUUGGGGUGAGCCGAUGUUUUUCUGGAGAACGUGGAGCGUUAGUAUCAGUGUGAUAUUUUAUAAUAUGCUAUAAACUAUCAAAAAUAUUGUUUUUAAACAAUAUAUCCUUUUACUACUUACAAGCCUUAAGAAGUUAAAAAUUGAUCUACGCAGGGAAAUAAAAAAUAACAACAUCAACCUAUGAAAUAUAUGUUUCUGGAAUCGAAAAUCUAACGACAAGACAAGGAGAUUUACUGAUAGACGGACAUAGCUUAACGACUUUUAUAAAGAGCUGGAAUAUAAAUACUAUGUUGGGUCCAAGAUGAAUAUUUCUCAUUUAAACGGUGAUGGCAUUAGAGGCAAGUACUUACCACACUCGCUUAAAAACACUACUUAUAUAAGUACUUACAAAUAAGGAGUUAAAUAGUUGUUUUAUAUUAAAAACAGAAUACAAAGCUGAGCUUCUAGUUCUUUAGUUCGCUAUCUUGUGCGUUUAAUAAUGAUUUUCAAUUAUGUAAGUACAAGCCAUUACCAAGUAUGCUGGGUAUAUGUUCAUAUAUACCCCUUAUCAGCUCUUAUGGUGGUGAAUGGUAUAAAAAUGAAUGAAAUUUUUAAAAUUAUCUUUUGCUGAUGUAGUUAUAGUUGGUUUUAUCAUAUUUUUUUCGCCAACCAAAUGAAAUCAAGUUGAAACGAUUAAAAUAAAUACAAAAACGUUUUGUAAUAAACUGCACUUUUCGCACCCGAAAAUGUACUAGAAAUAAUACUCUAAAGAAUUACUUAACAAAUAAAAUGAUAUUUUAUAGUUUAUUAAAUUUAUUUGAUUUAUUUUGUUAAUUUUUUUAUAUUUUAUUUCUUUAUUUAUUUAUAUAGUAUGAAUACUAAAUUAUUCUUU